AUGACCCCCGGUAGUGUCCGGACUCUCGGGAGUCUUUGCGGCCGCCACUGUCUGCGCUCCGCGGUUUCUCCGACAGGCGGGGUUGUGGGGUCCCGCCUCAUGACCUUUGAUCUGCGGCGCUUGGAGCUGAAGCCGCUGGAGCAGAGGAAGCUGACAUUCAACUCACACGCCGUCGCCACAGAGCUGGAGAGGAAUGGAUUUCAGAAGUCUCAGGCUGAGCUGAUCGUCGCCGCGCUCGUAACUCUGACCACAACAAACCUGGAGCUGGUUUACAGAGACAUGGUGACCAAACCACACCAGGAGAUCGCUCUGCAGCAGAUCAUGUCUCAUCUGGACUCUAUACGGAAAGACAUGGUGAUUCUGGAGAAGAGCGACUUUGCUAACCUGCGUUCAGAGAACACGAAAAUGAAGCGAGAGCUGGAGCAGCUUCAGCAACGACUCGCUGAGGAGACUCAGAGGGUUCGAUCUGAAGCUAAACUGGACUUCAACCUGGAGAUCAGUAGAGUGACCGACUUGUUCACAGAUCAAGAGAAAAAGCUGAUGGAGGCCAACACUGAGUUCCACACCAAGAAGUCUGAUUUAGACCACGACUACAUGGAGAUCAACAAGAAGAUCGACCUGGAGGUGGCGUCGCUGAAGACUCUGCUGGAGUCUCUCAAACUGGAGACGGUGCGGUACCUGGCAGCCACACUUUUUGGCUGCCUCGCUGUCGCUCUUGGAGUUUACCGCCUGUGGAAGUGA